AUGAAUAAGGCUCCAAUUUGUAUUGAUGGUAGAUUUAGGCUGGAAGAUGUGUUGGGAUCAGGUUCAUAUGCUGUCGUGUACCAUGCACAUAACUUCCUCAAUGAUGAUGUCAUUGCUAUCAAACUUAAACCGGUCACCCAUAACCCAUCUUCCAUGGAGCACGAACACCACAUUCUAAAGAAACUCGAAGGUGGAGUUGGGAUCCCCCGUGCCCUUUGGUUUGGCAGGGAGUCAAAAUAUCAUGCUUUGGCCCUCGACCUCCUUGGGCCAUUGCUGCAUGAUCUAUUCCUCACAUGCAACCAAAAAUUUAGCCUUCACACUGUUGUGAACUUGGGAGAACAGCUGCUGUCACGUCUUGAGUACAUUCAUUCACAUGACUAUGUUCAUCGCAAUAUCAAACCGCAGAACAUUCUUGUGGACAAUUCAAGGCAAACUACCUAUAUCAUUGAUUUCGGUAUUGUGAAGAGGUAUUGGAACACUGCAACCAAAUCUCACAUUCUGUUUCGCCGAGGUCGACAUGUUCCAUACGACCUCUGGAUUGUUAGUAAGUGCAGGUAA